UUUCCUACGGAACAAAUCAUCGAUAUACAAUGACUGGCUAAUUAACCUAGUUAAGCCUUUAAAUUGCUAUUUAAGCUGAAUACUAUCUUGAAAAAUAGUUACUGUCAUCAUUAGUUAUUUAGAAAUUAGUUAUUAAAAUAUUAUUGUUAGAAAUAUGUUGAAAAAAGUCAUCCUGUCAAACAGAGAUUGGCUAAAAUAUACAAGAAGGCUAAUAAUUCAGACCUCAACUGUAGCUUAUAGUUAUUGGCUCAUUUGCGUGUCAGUCAGAGAGAAAGCGAGAGUGUGUGUGUGUGUGUGUGAGAGAGAGAGAGAGAGAGAGAGAGAGAGAGAGAGGCGGUGUUGGUUCUUGUGUUCAGAUGAGAUGGGUGGUUAUGAUGUUCAUUUUCUUAUCAUUUCUAAACAAUUAAUCAAGAUAAACGCGCGAAAUGCGGCUUUCACGCAAACACUGGACGGUCUGUACCAUUAGCGUUCUGCUUGUAUUGUUUUACAAGACGACAGACAUUGGCAGAAACGAAGUGCACCAGAAAGCUAGUCUGACAUGGUACUUGGAGCCAAGUGCUACUAGACUGAUGGCCAAUGGCUCUGAGAAACUUUUCGGCAAUGUCUUGAAUGGUCUUGACUUGGGAGUUGGAUGGAAGAUUAAUGCCACCCUUGUGUCCAUAAUAAGGAAAGACAUACUCCGCUACUUGGACGCAGAGAGAGACGUGUCGGUUAUCAAGAGCAAUUUUAAGCCGGGCGACACCAUCCGCUACGUUCUGGACAGACGCAGGACAUUCAGCGUAUCUCAAACUCUCCAUAGUUUACUUCCUGAAGUCUCUCCUCUGAAGAACAAGACGUUCAAGACAUGUGCAGUGGUGGGAAACUCAGGCAUUCUCCUGAAGAGCGGAUGUGGAAAGGAGAUAGACAACCAUAGUUUUGUUAUACGAUGUAACCUGGCUCCUCUGGAGGGUUUCGCAGAUGAUGUAGGAUUGCGGUCAGACUUCACCACGAUGAACCCAUCUGUGAUCCAGCGGGUGUACGGGGGUCUGCGGGAGGAAACCCAGCAGGAGAAUCUCAUCCAGCGCUUGCGGCAGCUGAAUGACAGCGUGCUCUGGAUUCCUGCCUUCAUGGUGAAGGGUGGCAUGAAGCAUGUGGACACGGUCAAUGAGCUCAUCCUUAAACACAAGCUGAAAGUGCGCACAGCUUACCCUUCACUCCGCCUAAUCCACGCUGUACGAGGGUUUUGGCUUACAAAUAAAAUCAAUAUCAAACGACCCACUACUGGAUUACUGAUGUACACGAUGGCUACACGCUUCUGUGACGAGAUCUACCUGUAUGGAUUCUGGCCUUUUCCCAAAGACGCCAGCGGAAAUCCUGUUCAAUAUCAUUACUUUGAUGGACUGAAAUAUCGAUAUUUUUCCAAUGCGGGUCCUCACCGCAUGCCACUGGAGUUUCAAACGCUGCAAAGACUGCACAGCAAGGGGGCGCUGAAACUCACGACAUCUAAAUGCACAUCAACUUAACCUGCAGCUCAUGGAUGGACACUGCACUAGGGUUGGGCGAUGUCGACCAAUUUGGCAUUGUACGAUGUCUAAUGUGAAACAUUACGAUGGACGAUGGCAUCGUUGUCGUAGGCGUCGGUGAAUUAAUUAUUCAUGAAUAAUGAAUUUAUUCAUAAUGAAUUUAUUUUUUGUAGCCUACCGUUUCAACUACCUGACCCGCAUGGUCUUUGUUUUACCCAUAACUAAAUCAUAAAUAAAUACAGAUAAGUUACACACCUGUCAAUCACUUUUUGCGUACUUUUUGAAUAGGCAGAGUGAUCAGUGUCGUUAUAAUGGCGUCGACAAACUUGGUUGGUAAAAAAGUUGCACAACCAACAGCAAGCAACCAACAGGAUCUAAGGUUUUCGCUAAAUUUGCUAAGUACAAGCGUAAAAGCGAAAGAUUGAAGCAGUGUGCUGAUGCUGUGACAUGUUAUUUGAUAGAUUCAAAAGACCGAAGAGUCAUUAGAUAGAGAUAAGAUUAAUAAAAUAUAACGUUUAACAACUAUAGUGAGACGCGAUCCAGCGGUACAUCCUUAAUAAACGCCAGUGUGGACGUGGAUAGUUUUCGUUCUAAAAUGGCUGUUUAAAUCUAAGACGUAUUAGUGUAAACAGGGCCCGAGUGUGUAU